UGGUGCUAAGGUGGUGCUGUUAGUGGUGGUGUUGAGGAUAGUAGUGAUGGAGAUUGUAGUCGUGGUGAUGAUGGUAGUGGUAAUGCUGAUGAUGAAGGAAGUGGUGAUGAUGAAGGUAGUAGAGGUGGUGGUGACGACGACGAAGAAAAUGGUGGUAACGAUGGAAGUGGUGAUGAUAGUAAAGGCGGCGUCACACUGGCAUUCUUUCGUCAACUUUUUUCGUCAACUUUCAGGAAAUCGUUAAACUUUGUUGUGCACCGUCACACAAGCGUUUAGAACCAACUCGCCAGUUUCCCUCGACAACUGCCAACAAAGAAGAUGGAUCCAACUGACGAAGAAAACGCAGCAAUUCUACGCCUUCUUUUGUGUGUAUGAAGAGUCCUGGUGAUCCCAGAGUCAGCGGCGUUGCCUUAUCUGGUCCACCAAGAACUCCUCAGAGAGGCGUGUCCAUACUUGGGAAAUUAUGUUAUCUGUUGGCUCCGACAUGUUGUUGUUAUUCUCGCAUGGUCAAAAUGUAAACAACAAUUGACAUUUUCUUGCAAUUUUAAAAUUACGAAAUUAAACUUAAUGGAUAAUCAAGGGAAGAAGAGUAAUAAUUAAUAUAUAACAAUUUUAUCUUUAUAUUUUAAGUAGAAAUUAGUUUAUUUUUAUAACUAUUUGUAGUAUCAAUUAUAGAUCUUGAGUUGACUCUGGUAAGUUGUCAAAGUUGACGGAAGACUUGCCAGUGAAGCCAAACACCGACGAUUCUAAGUUGACAGUAAUGAAAAAGUUGACAGUAAAAAUGCUAGUGUGACGCCGCCUUAAGGGAUAUAUCUGUAUAGGAAGAAUUGGCAUAACUAAAUAAUAAAGGUCGAUUCCCUGGCUGGUAACACUACUUAUAUGACCAUUAUUUAUGAGUAUAUAUACAAAAUACUAAUAUAUCACAUUUUAUCACAACUAAUAUAUUAUUACUAGCCUAUAGAAUGAAUCACCCUGUACUGUAGUUUACGUUUUAUGAGAAUUAAUAUAAUACCUUGUUAAUAAUCUAACUCGGGUCUAAAUCUACGUAAUUAUUUCAUUCAUUUAUUUAUUUGCAUUUUUAAGGUUUCUAGAAAUGAAGUUUGUAUUAUAGAGCAACAGGCGGUGUAUAAAUUUGAGAACACUAGGUAAAUUAAUAUGUAUUGAUGUACAAGGGGGAAAAGCUACAAAAAGUUCCUUAUGAAGAUAUUUGAGAACCUACGAGGCGCCAUACUUGGAGAUGCCGCCAAACAGGAACGUCACCCAAUCAGGACUCCAAUAAGACCUAGGGAACUUCAAUCAUCAGUCACUGCCGCCGGAGAUAACCAAUUACAGAACGGGAAUGACAUAGAACUAACGACCAAUUACAACACUAUGCAAGAGGUGCCGAGACCGACGGCAGCAGUACAGGACGCUGAAGGAGGCUAUGUGGGCCCUGCCGCCGAGUCCCGGGAGGCAAGAGGAAGACCACCGUCCCUGUCCAAGUACACCACCAGGGGUCCACAGGACGGCUGGUGGUGGCAGCGUGGUGGCGUUAGUUGUACAACAGGAGAGCAGACAUUGGUGUUCCUGAGCGGCUGUCUGCUGGUACUGUUGCUGUUUCUGCUGGUGACUGUCUUCUUCGUGUCCUCAGGUGUGUGGAGGAGGAGGAUCAGCACCUGUACCAGCCGUGAGUGUGUCAAGACAGCGGGGGAGGUCCUCAGGUCACUUAACGAAGAGGUGUCACCGUGUGAGAACUUUGUGGACUUCGUGUGUGGAGGCUGGCUGCGUCAACACCCUAUACCCGAGGGUAAACACCGUUGGGGAGUGUUUGAUGUCCUCGACCAACAAACACUCGUGGACCUCAGAGCACAAUGGGACACGGUAGGUCUGAGGCCCCUGCUAGACCUGGUAGUGAAGGAGGGAGGCCUGCCUAUGGUGGACCCUUCAUGGACAGGUGACCACUACCAGGUGAUGACCAGUCUGGCCAGACUGAGAAACACCCUGGCAGGAGAAUACCUCAUCAGUCUCAUCGUCAAGCCUGACAGUCGCAACACCUCCAAACCUGUUAUAUACAUAGGAGAGGGGAUGCUUCCGGUCCAGCGAGUCUUCCUCACCCCUCAGGUCUCCACCAGUCACAAGGAAGCACAGAUCACCUACAUGAGGGAGACUGGAAAGGAACUACUGAAGGAGCUGCGGCAGGAGAGAAACAACACCUUCAUCUACACGCUGUACAGGGACAUUGACGACCUAUGGGACUUCUACGUCAGGGUGGCCGAGAUCACCACACCAAAGGCCCCGGAAGAGAACCCUUGGGACACUUACCACCCCAUGACGGUAUAUGAACUACAGAACUUCACCGACUCCGUCAACGCCUCCUUCAGGAUAAAUUGGCUGGGGUACCUGAAUCAAGUGUUUGAAGGCACUACCAUCACUAUCACCUGGGAGGACCGGGUGAUUGUCGAGUAUCCCAAGUACCUCAUCCAGCUACUGCUACUUCUUCAGGAUACUCCUAAGAGAACUAUUGCCAACUAUCUGCUGUUCCCUGUGGUAGUGGAGAUGGGGGAGGAGACUAACGUACGGUACCUCACACGUCCUCACCACGCCCUCCCACGCCUGCAGUCCACCUGGUCACUUGGGAGAGCUAAGUCGUGGCCAUGGCAUGACUGUACACAGAAGACAAGGAUGCUGCUGCCUCUGGGUGUGGCCAGUGUAUAUGUUAGACACAUAUACAAACAACAGCUGGGAGAUAUGGCGAAGGAGGUGGUGGAGGACGUGACUGGCGCCUUCAGGAAGAUGUUGACCUCGUCGCUGUGGAUGGACAGCGACACCCUAAAGGAGGCGCUGCAGAAGUUAGACAAUAUGUACCAUCUAGUGGCCUUCCCCGAGCUGGUACUGAAUGACCAGCUGUUGGAACAGUACCACCUGGGGCUGCCUCCCGUCAGUAAGGUGGACCACUUCGGCAACAUGGUGGGUCUGGUGACCUGGUACAGUCGACGAUCACUACAGCAGCUGACUGUACUACCAUCUAGGGACAGGUGGCCGAGAGGACCCCUGGAGACAAACGCUUUCUAUGCCCCUUUACAAAACAGUAUAGUGAUCCCCGUGGCGGUGCUGCAAGAACCCAUCUUCCACCCGGAGAAGACCACGGGCCUUAACUACGGCAGUCUGGGCGCCAUCACUGGUCACGAGAUAACACAUGGCUUCGAUAUCAAUGGACGCACGAGGGGCUGGACAGGGUCACUACAGCGCUGGUGGACCAACUCAACACUACAACAGUACACCAACAAGACCAGCUGCUUCGUCCAACAGUACUCCGGCUAUGACGUGUCCAGCUUACUGCCUCCCCAAGACCGUCCUCCCUACCCCAUGAUGAUUAACGGACUCAAAACGAAGGGAGAGAAUAUUGCGGAUAAUGAUGGUCUGAGGGCGGCAUGGGUGGCGUACAGAUCACGUAUGGAGAAGGACGGAGAGGAGGUGGUGGAGUUGCCCGGCCUGCAGCACUAUACUCAAGAUCAACUCUUCUUCAUUGGCUUCGGCAAGGUAUGGUGCUGUCAACACACGCGCUUCGCCCUCGAGUACCUGCUGGCGGUCGACCCUCACUCACCCAACCCUUACCGCAUCCUGGGCGCCCUACAAAACUCCCGCGAUUUCUCUGAGGCCUUCAACUGUCCCUCCGAGGCCCCUAUGAACCCCAGCAAGAAGUGUGUCUUAUGGUGACGUGAUGAUCUGUGAUGCCGUGAUGAUCUGUGAUGAUGCGGUGAUAUGUGAUGACGUGGUGUUAAGUGUAGAAACAUUAAAUAGAUAAUUAUUGACAAUGUUUUUAACACGACCAAAAUCUAUUGAUAUUUGGCAGCGCUAAUAAAAGUUUAAAAUAUA